UAAAGUAGUGGUAUAUACCACUAAGCUCUGUGCGAUUUAAAACGAAGAGGAAGAAAGAGUUGUUGAGAGUUUUGUUCUGCUUUGUUGUCAGCCUUUCACCAUGCCAAAGCGCCCCAACCCGUGGGGAGACUACGCCCCGCAGCUCAAGACUCAUGUCGGGCAGAAGGAAGUCAACUUGGGCGUCUGUAAGGACCAGAAUAUGAAGGCGGUGUACGAACACACCCAGAAGAUGCUGUUUGAAGGUGCCAGGAAGUGUGCGGGUGCAGUGGAGAUGACUGUGGCUGUCGCAGAUGUGCCUAUGGACCACCACGACCACCUGUUGGCAGGACAGAUGCACCUGGAUAGAUACCUCCAGGUGCCUCAGGUUCACGCAGGUGCAAAUGGUGUGACUAACGGUGCAAAUGGUAUGACCAAUGGUGCAAAUGGUGUGACCAAUGGUGCAAACGGUGUGACCAAUGGUGCAAAUGGCCACUCCCAUGCACUCAAUGGUCACUCCCAUGGACUCAAUGGACACUCCCAUGGACUCAACGGCCACAGUAUGACCAACGGUGGUGCAAACGGUCACUCGCACCUGAACGGUCAACACAAAGCCAUGUUUGGUAAAGGAGGCUCCCUCAGCCCGACCUCCUGCCAGGUCUGCAGCCGUCCCAUCCGAGCCCUGUACCGCUGCAGCUUCUGUGACAAGGCCAUGUGUUCCUCCUGCCAGCGCCAGUGCAGCAACUGCUACGGGGAGUUCUGUCUGCUCUGCUCAGUGGCCAACUAUGACUCCAGAGAUGAGAGAUCAUUCUGCUUGAGCUGCUCAACUUGAAGCUGUAUGUUGUAUGAUAGGAAAACACAAAAGCAAACAAAUACCAAGAGUAGACACAAUUGUUGGUCAUUUACAGGUGACAGAUGUUAAUACAUUCGAAGGCUAAAUAAAAUAAGUAAUGGUGAAGCUAUUACUGGGAGGGCAAAGGAAAGACUAAAAUUUGUUGUACAUGUAGAAAAAUCUGAUUUACAAAAGAUAUUUGGUGCUAGGAUAGAGAUACAUACUUAGAGUCUGUUGGUUUGAGUUGUGAACUGCAUAAGGGACGACUGCAUUUCAUGUAGAAUGUGUUCAUGAAGAUAGAAAGGGAAUUUAAGUCCAACUGUAGUGGAGAUUGAAAAUCAGCUCUGAACUUGACUUACCUUUGCUGUAAACGAACAAUUGUCAUAAUAGGGAUGUCUAAUUAGAAAUAAGACUAACAUUAACUGAAAUCAAGACUUGCAGUUAAAUGAUCAUGAAGAAUUCAUGUGUGGCACUCAUAGUGAGAGUACACAUUGAAUAUACAUGUGUAUAUAUACAAACUUCUCUAAAUUGAUGUUGUCAUAAACAUAUUGAUGCUUUUUCCUGUACAAAUUGCCAUGUAUGUGCUGUCCAUAUAGCUUCAAUUAUUAAAAAAAACACUUAUGUUAGACUGUUACAAGUUGGAAUAUUUCUUAAUAAAGAAGUUAUUUUUGACAA